AUGGAGCAACAGACGCUUAAACGCCUUACCCAAGCACGUGGUCGGCUAAAGGCGACCGUAACUCGCUUGGUCAAUUACAUUGAGAAUCCACCUCCACAGAGCACUUACUCCGGAGUCGAUGCCAUACUGGCCCGGCUAAAUCAAGCCUUUAGAAGCCUUGAAAAGAUCACUGACGAAAUGCACGUGUACGAUAAUGUGGAGGGUUUCGAGGAUCCUACCGAAGACUUCCAAGCCUAUGAGGAGAAGUACCUGCGCGCGCUUACCUUAUUCGCGUCGUUAAAGAGCGACCUUCAGCCAAGCGCCAUACCUCAAGCGGAUCACAACAUGGCCAUAUUGCUGCAACAGCAAAGUGAGUUCUUGCAGCGACUUUCUGAGAACGGAGCAUCUACCUUGGCCACGCCGCCGCCUGCUGCAGUUUGUUUAACUGAAAACCCGUUGCCGAAAAUCCACAUCAAACCCUUUGGUGGAGACUACAAGGAAUGGCCAGCCUUUAAGGACAUUUACGAGAGCACCGUCCACAACAAGACCCACCUGGGAAAGAUUCAGAAGUUUCACUACCUUAAGUCUUUCAUAGUUGGUGAAGCGGCCAAUCUUCUCAGUCACAUGUCCAUUACGGAAUCAGCUUAUGAUUCAGCAUGGGAACGCCUCAAUGAUCGCUAUGAUCGCCCAAGGCAUAUCGUGAACUCCUUACUGGACACUUUCAUGGCACUGGCUGCUGCACCCAACGGCGAGGUGUCUAAUCUACGCAAACUUACUGAUGGCGCCAAUGAAAUCAUUCGUGGCCUAGAUGCAGUUGGGGAGACCAGCCGUGACUGCUGGGUGAUUCAUCUUGUACUGGCUAAAAUUGAUCCCGACUCUAGAAGGAAGUGGAUUGAGGACACCAGAGGCUCAGCGACACCAACCGUUGCCGACUUGUUUAGAUUCCUUGAUGAUCGUUGCGAGGAUUUUGAAUUAAGCCAAGCUACAUCGGCAAUCAAACUCGAUCCUGGCAGCCACACGGACAAGCCUGCCAAAGCGAAGCGCGCACUUAUUGCAGUGAACCGUGGCAAUUGUGUUGCUCCUGCGGACACUGCACAGGCCAGUCCUCAAACUUCUGGAUGUAGCUCAACUUUGGUCGCCCAGACGCAAAACAGCAGCUCAUUAACACAGUCACCGGGACUCAAAAGAAGCACAUUGCCCACAGCUUUGGUAAUACUAGUUUCCGGAAUAUCUUCCGUCAAGGCCGAAACUACAAGAGGAUUGGCAACGCUGCAUAUCAAGUCAAUGGUGUCACUCCAGACGAUUGUUGUCGCAGCCCAUGUGCUGGGCAAAAUCACAUCAUCACUUCAGCGGGACGACAUUAACGAAAAAGCUUUAAGGAUCUACGAUGGACUCCAGUUAGCUGAUACUUCGUUUAACACAUCUUCAUCUGUAGACAUUUUACUGGGAAACGAACAAAUUUGGUCCGUUUUGUCAGGUGAUAAAAAAUAUGACACCGCUGGAAAUAUUAUUGCCAUCAGCUCAAUCUUUGGAUGGAUAAUCACUUCCGUUGCAAUGCCGCAUCCAUCAACCGCCAACACGCUCAUGACUACUGUUGACAUAAACGCCUCUCUUCAACGCUUUUGGGAGAUCGAGGAUAACACUGAGCAUACACAACGAGACCCUUCGCACGCAAAGGUGGAGCAGUACUUUCUGACCACACAUUCCCGAGACCCAGACGGCAAAUACAUCGUUGAAUUGCCUUUUAAACACGAAUGCCAAGAGUUCGGAGACAGCCUGCAGGGCGCUGUCUCGCGCUUCUAUGCUGUGGAACGUCGCUUGCAGCGUGAUUUGGAGCUACGCAAGCAAUAUUCAAAAUUUAUGAACGAGUAUCUAAGCCUAGGUCAUAUGCGUAAGCUGGCCCCUGAAGAAUGCAACACAUCAGCCAAAACAUUUUACAUGCCACACCACCCAGUUCUAGGAAAGAAGCUGCGCGUGGUAUUUGACGGGUCAUUUGAAGACGUAAACGGACAUGCUCUAAAUGACGCCUUACACAUCGGACCCAGCAUACAACGCAACCUUUUUCAUGUAUGCCUUCGCUUUCGAAUGCACAAGUUUGUGUUUUCGGCGGACAUAGUUAAAAUGUUUCGCCAGAUCUGGGUUGCCCCUCAGCACCGCAACUUUCAACGGAUCCCUCAAAAAAUUGUGCUUGAGGACUUUUACGUAGACGAUGUCCUCACCGGCGCUGAAACUGAAGACGAACUACUUAGCUGCCGCGACGAACUCAUCCAGUUGAUGUCCAAGGCUAAGCUUGAGCUUGGCAAAUGGGUGUCUAACAGCAGCGUCACCAGCCACACCCGGCAAGACGAGCUCCAGAUAACCAGUGCGGUUAAAGUUUUAGGAAUGCUAUGGAAUCCCCAAGACGACGUCCUGUCCUACAAAGCUUCACUUUCUACGGAGCCAGAUGCUACUAAACGGCAAUUCAAGAUCCUUUUUCAAGAACUCUGGCUACUUGACCUGGACUGGGAUUCCAAACUCCCACCGAAGCUGGCUGAGUGGUGGCAGACCUGUCGCGACGAUAUCAACUACAUAACAAACCUAAGGAUUCCACGUUAUGUACACAACGAAUCGGAAAAAAUCGAAUUACAUGGAUUUUCAGAUGCAUCUAUAAAGGCAUAUUCCGCUGUCGUCUACAGCCGUGUAAGCAACGCGGACGGCACCUGCUUGGUGUCCCUUAUGGCAGCUAAAACACGCGUUGCGCCACUAAAGCAACAAAGUCUUCCACGGCUGGAACUCUGUGGUGCACUAUUGCUCACUCGCCUUCUCCGGGCUGUUAAAGAAGGCUUGCAUCACAAGGAUAUAGUUGUGCAUGCUUGGUGCGAUUCCACGAUUAUCCUGGAUGUCAUACCACGCAGCGCAUGGCAUCACGUUGGCUCAAAGGAUAACCCUGCCGAUUGCGCAUCGAGGGGAAUGCUAGCAGCCAAUCUCAUGAGCUAUGAGCUGUGGUGGAAUGGACCACAUUGGCUACACCUCAACGAUCUGCUUGCUUCAAAGCUGCGUAGUGGCAACAAUCCCACAACAAUUUUGGACACGCCCAUAAUGGACGGGCUGAAAUCCUCUUCACUAUCCAGCCGCGUUGAACCUGAACCUGAAGCGUCCCCGAUUGAGUGCCUAUCGUUUCGAGUUUCUUCCUGGACCAAGCUGAUUCGCUGCACUGCUUAUGUUUUACGGUUUAUGCAUCGAAGAAUGAAGAAACGGAUUCCGUCAAACCUCACACUCACGUUUGAGGAAAUCAGCGAGGCCCGCAUUUAUUGUCUAAGGCACGCUCAAGGAAGCUUCUCAUCCGAUCUACACCUGUUGCAAAGGGGAAAAGCUGUUGUAAAUUCGUCAACACUUCGAACACUCUCACCCAUGGUUUGCAAGAAUGGCCUGCUUCGUGUAUGUGGGCGCCUCUCAAACUCGCUACUACCGGAGGAAGUCAAGCAUCCAAUUAUUCUGCCGAAACAUCAUCGCAUUUCUCUGCUAAUUUUGGAACACGAGCACAGGAUACAUCUUCAUCCAGGUGUGACAGCACUUUUCUUCAUCGUUCGCCAACAAUAUUGGAUAGUUGGCGCACGCAACAUGAUUCGCAAGCUUACACAUGCUUGUCUCAAAUGUUUUCGCCAACGCCACAAAACAACUGAUCAAUACAUGGCUGACUUGCCAGCCGUUCGGGUACGUCAAGCAUACCCAUUUGAAAAUACUGGGUGCGACUAUGCCGGACCGCUUCUACUCAAGGUGCACAAGGGACGGAAUCCACGAAAGGAAAAGGGAUACAUUUGUCUAUUCGUCUGCCUAGUGACCUCCGCAAUCCACUUGGAGUUGGCUACAGAUCUCAGCACGGAGACAUUUCUCGCUGCACUUCGUCGUUUUGUCUCCCGUCGAGGCAAGUGUACCCACAUCUUCAGCGACAACGGUCGCAACUUUGUGGGAGCAAAGAAGGUGUUAGACGAAAUGUAUAAGCUCAUCCUGUCGCAGCAGCAUAACACUCAAGUAACCCAAGCGUUGGCCAGUGAGGGUAUCAGAUGGAGUUUUAUACCAACGCACGCACCCCACUGGGGCGGAAAAUGGGAAUCAGCUGUUCGCUCCGUAAAGCUUCAUCUGCGUCGUGUCAUCGGGAAUUCUAUCCUCACAUUUGAGCAAAUGCACACCCUUCUGGCUCAAAUUGAAUCCGUCGUCAAUUCACGCCCUCUCUUCGCUACGUCAGACAUCGAGGUUUCCUACUUGUCACCCGCACAUCUGCUGAUUGGACGCCCUUAUACAUCAGUUCCAGAGGGCGAUCUUGGCCACAUAGCAGUUAACCGACUGGAUUACUGGCAAAAUGUACAGGCAAUGCUACAAGGCUUUUGGAAGAGAUGGCAUCAGGAGUACCUCACUACACUUCAACAGCGCCCUAAGUGGAAUACAGAAAGGAAGAACAUUGCUACUGGGGAUAUGGCGAUCAUCAAGGAUUCAAACACACCCCCCGCCGCUUGGACUUUGGCGCGCAUAAUUGAAGUCUACCCAGGCAAGGACGGGCUGGUACGGGCCGUAAAGCUGCGAACUUCAUCAGGAGAACUUGUUAGACCCAUUUCUAAAAUUGCCAUCCUGCCUAAUUCAGAAACUUAG